AUGGUGCACAUACUGAAUAAGGAAGAGGUUGAUAUGUUGUUUAUGUUUUUGUGGGCCAUUUGGGAGGAGAGAAACAGGUUGUUAUGGAAUGGAGGAAGCUUUAAUCCUAGGCAUGUGGCAAUGUGGUCUAUGAAACUUCUCCAAGAGUACCAAUUUUGGCACCCACUAAGUGGGAACUGGAAGCUGCGGUCUAGAUCACAAAAAUGGGUGGCUCCUCCUUCUGGAAGGCUUAAGCUAAAUUGUGAUGGGGCUUAUAAUAUCAAUACCGGGUGUGGAGGUGUUGGUAUGAUUAUUAGAGGAGUGGGUGGUACAUUUGUGGCAGCAUGGUCAAAGCAUUUCAGUCAUCUCCGCUCUGCUCUUCAUAGUGAAGUUGAGGCAUGUAGAGCUAGCCUGCAAAUAGCUAUCGACCAAGGUUGGAGGAAUAUAGAGAUGGAGAGUGACUCGGUGGCUAUUGUCACUGCGUUGAAUAAUAGGGAAUUUCUUCCCUAUGAGGUGAGUCGAAUUUUAGAAGAUUGCAUUGUUAUGAUUCAAAGUUUUGAGUUCUUUAGAAUUUGGCAUAUCCACCGCAAAGCAAAUGGUGUGGCAGAUCGGUUAGCGCACUUUGUUAGUAGAGGUCAUGUUGUUGACCUUAUGGUAAAUGAGGCCCCUGACUUUAUACAGGAUGUCCUCUUCAUAGAUUCAUGUAAUGGUAGUUCUACUCAGGGUGUAGGAACCGAUCGAUGUGGGGUUUUCAAUGUCAAUGCCAUGUUACACUAUGCAGCAUACAUAAAUAUAUUUCCAAUUUGGGCUCUUGCAGUCCCUCCCUCUCUGUAG